AUGAAUGCCAUUCGAACCUCGCCGAGAGUUGAGCGAGAAAGUAGCCACGGACCUAAGACUACCCCUCGUGUUCACUUCGGCGCAAAUGAUACACUAAAGAAUAGCGCAUCUCCGGAAAGACCGAGGAAUGCUGCGAGGAGCAACCCUUGUGGCUAUGAUGGGGGACAAACGCAAGCUGACGAUAUGAGUUCGGGGGCGGGAGUGUCACUUAUACAGGGCCUCACGCCAUUGUUGGCGGCUGAUAACCCCUAUAUUAAACGGGAGGAAUUCGAUGAAGAAGCAGCUCCUAUAGAUUCCGAAAUCGAGGCUCUCGAACCCCAGGCUCAAGUUAUUGUUCGAGAGUUAUCGAAGAGGAUCCCCGGACUACCGAAUAACUUCGUAGAUUCAACCUCUGAACAAAAUUCCACUAUGAGCCUAAAUAACCAACAUUCGCCCGACCUGAGCCAGCCCACGAUGCACAAGCCGGGCGUCCUUGCCACCCUGUUGAGACUCUCACAGAAUUCUGGUCCUCGACCUUCAAAUUCUACCCUCCCGAGUGCUCUGCAAACUCCCAAAGCAGAGUCCGGAGCCGCAACUCCCUCGACGUGGUACAAAAGCAGUCAUGAUAAUACCGCGGCCAUUCUUGCCGGGGCCAGCUUACAACUAGGCGGCGCAUAUGCAGGCUCUGGUGGACCCGACAAGGUGCCUAUACGUCAUAAGCGACCUCGGACGAGCAGGGCACAUAGUGGAGGACUGACCAAUGUCUUGGGCCGCUUUUCAAAGGAAGAAAAUGAAGACGAGAUAAAACUUCGGUAUCACCUUGCACACGUAUUACAUAAGCAAAAAUACCUGCUCCAGCUCUGCAAGGCGCUUAUGCUAUAUGGGGCUCCAACCCACCGCCUUGAAGAGUAUCUCAAAAUGUCCGCACGAGUUCUUGAUGUAGAGGGGCAAUUCCUAUAUCUCCCAGGAUGCAUGAUCAUCUCAUUUGAUGAUUCUUCAACCCACACCAGCAACAUGCAGCUCGUUCGGGUCACACCAGCCCUAAACCUGGGGAAACUUCAGGACGUCCAUCUGGUUUACAAACAAGUUAUUCAUGAUGUGAUAGGAGUCGAAGAAGGCAUGGUCCAACUUCAGAAGCUGUUUGAUCAAGGUCCUCGAUUUGCUGUCUGGCUUCAGGUUUUGGUUUACGGGGCGGCGAGUGCUUCGGUAGGGCCUCUUUUUUCGGCGCGAUUGAUUGAUUUACCGAUUUGCUUCCUUUUGGGAACUAUCCUCGGUGUUUUAGCCCUGGUCAUAGCUCCUAGAUCUACGCUUUACUCCAACGUUUUUGAAAUCGUAGCGUGUGUAGUAAUAUGCUUCCUUGCCCGCGCGUUCGGCUCCAUCGAGGGAGGUUCGAUUUUCUGCUUUGCUGGCAUAUCCCAAGCUUCUAUUGCGUUAAUUUUGCCAGGCUAUAUUGUUUUAUGCGGUGCCUUGGAGCUGCAGUCGAAGAAUCUUGUCGCUGGGUCAGUGCGGAUGUUUUAUGCAAUCAUCUAUUCCUUGCUUCUUGGGUUUGGGAUCACGAUUGGGACGGCGCUUUAUGGAGCAGUUGAUUCAAAAGCGACAUCAAGUAAAUCUUGCUCGAAUGUCAUGUCAGACUACUACAAGUUCUUGUUCGUCCUCGUCUUUACACUUUGUCUAAACGUCCUCAACCAGUGCAAAUGGAAGCAGCUCCCCAUGAGUCUAUGCAUCAGCAUAUCAGGAUUUGCUGUAAAUUUUUUUGCCACCAGAAGAUUUCCUACAAAUGUUCAGAUAGCCAAUGCACUCGGGGCAUUCACAAUCGGGGUGAUUGGUAAUCUGUAUUCACGGUUGUCACAUCAGAUUGCGUUUACAUCAAUUGUCCCAGCAAUUUUCAUUCAAGUGCCGUCGGGGCUUGCUGCACAGGGCGGAUUAAUAUCAGGGUUAGAUUCUGCAGACUCUCUCACCAACAAGACAGUGAAUACGAGCCCUGAAGCCCUCCAGAGUCAAUUUAACAUCACAAUAGCAAAUGUUGCGCUGGGAAUGAUCCAAGUUGGGAUUGGGAUAAGCGUUGGUUUGUUUUUUGCGGCAAUCGCUGUCUAUCCGGUGGUAUGGGCCGAGCCAGUUCGGUAA